GCAGGUCCUCACAGGUGUCCAGUGCUGCCAAAACCAUGUGGAUUACUCUGGUGCUUGCUCUCUGCAGCCUCGCUGCAGCCGUGCCCUCAGAGGACAGGAAGCUGAGUGACAAGGCAACAACGCUGGCCGACCGCAGCACGACGCUGGCCUUCAACCUCUACCACGCCAUGGCGAAAGACAAGAACAUGGAGAACAUCCUGCUGUCCCCUGUGGUGGUGGCCUCUUCCCUCGGCCUCGUGUCCCUCGGGGGCAAAGCCACAACCGCCUCCCAAGCCAAGGCGGUGCUGAGCGCAGACAAACUGAACGACGACUAUGUGCACAGCGGGUUGUCCGAGCUCCUGAAUGAGGUCAGCAACAGCACAGCCCGUAAUGUCACCUGGAAGAUCGGCAACCGCUUAUACGGCCCUGCCUCCAUCAACUUCGCCGAUGACUUUGUGAAGAACAGCAAGAAACACUACAACUAUGAGCACUCCAAGAUCAACUUCCGAGACAAGAGGAGCGCCCUGAAAUCCAUUAACGAGUGGGCAGCCCAGACCACGGAUGGGAAACUCCCAGAGGUCACAAAAGAUGUUGAGAAAACCGAUGGGGCCCUCAUUGUCAAUGCCAUGUUCUUCAAGCCUCACUGGGAUGAGAAGUUCCAUCAUAAGAUGGUAGACAACCGUGGCUUCAUGGUGACCCGUUCCUACACCGUGGGUGUUCCCAUGAUGCAUCGUACAGGUCUCUACAAUUACUAUGAUGAUGAGGCAGAGAAGCUCCAGGUGGUAGAGAUGCCACUUGCUCACAAGCUCUCCAGCAUGAUCUUUAUCAUGCCAAACCACGUGGAGCCUCUCGAGAGGGUUGAGAAACUGCUGAACAGGGAGCAGCUGAAGACCUGGGCUGGCAAGAUGAAGAAGAGAUCAGUGGCCAUCUCACUGCCUAAAGUCGUCCUGGAAGUCAGCCAUGACCUUCAGAAACACUUGGCUGAUCUGGGCCUGACGGAAGCCAUUGACAAAACCAAGGCUGACCUCUCAAAGAUCUCUGGCAAGAAAGACCUUUACCUGUCCAAUGUCUUCCAUGCUGCUGCUCUUGAAUGGGACACAGAUGGGAACCCCUACGAUGCUGACAUCUACGGCCGAGAGGAGAUGAGGAACCCCAAGCUCUUCUAUGCUGACCACCCCUUCAUCUUCAUGAUCAAGGACAAUAAGACCAACUCCAUCCUCUUCAUCGGCAGGCUCAUGAGGCCCAAAGGCGACAAGAUGCGUGAUGAGUUGUAGUUAGGGUUUUUUUUUUCCAGAGCUUUGGUUUGUGUGUUUUUAGCGGGGGAUUUCAAAAAAAGGGGAAACACUUUAUUUUGUAUCCUUCUCGAACUAUGGGUGCUAUUCAGACCAGGGUGCAUUGGGAUGAGAAACCAGCAUACACUUUACCUCACCCC